AUGAAGUCAGCUAUGUUUAUAUUAAUGGCCUUAGCCAUUGUUGUUAUGGCAAAGAAAAGGACAAAUGAAGAGAUAGAACAGCUCAAAAAAUGGCACAGUGAAUGCGGAGAAGAUAAGGAAACUAAAGACCUUUUGAACAAAGCAAGAAAUGGAGAAUGGAUCGAUAACCCAAAACUUGGAACUCAUUUGUUGUGUUAUUCCAAAAAAUUAGGUUGGCUGAAUGAAGAAGGAAAAUUCGAUGUACACGAAACAAAGAAAAAUUUUGAAAAAUACUAUGACGAAGACCAAGUCCAAAAACUAAUGUCCAACUGCAUUAAAGAAAAAACCCAUCCAGAAGAUACAGCUGUGGCUUUAUUUAAAUGUCGCCAAACCGUUUUGCAUUAA